UGGAUUGCUGUUGGGGCAUCCAUUUAGGACCCGGGUUAGCCCAGAAGCUGCCAAACACUUGGAUUCCUCUUGGGACUGUGGUGACUUGUGGAUAGCAGGCGUGCUCUGCUGAUUCAUUUUCAUCACUGUCAACAUGGUGAUCAAAGUCUUUGUAGCCACAUCUUCGGGGUCUACAGCGAUUAAAAAGAAACAGCAAGAAGUAGUGGGCUUUUUAGAGGCCAACAAGAUUGACUUUCAGCAAAUGGACAUAGCAGGUGAUGAAGACAAUAGGAAAUGGAUGAGAGAGAAUGUCCCAGGUGAAAAAAAGCCUCAAAAUGGAAUUCCCCUCCCUCCACAGAUCUUCAAUGAGGAGCGGUACUGUGGG